AUGGCAUAUGUUGAAAUUUUCGGUUUAUUACUUAUUGUUGCAUUUAUAUUUCAUUUGAUCAAGCGACCUCGAAUAGGCGUGAAUGAACCACCAUUAGUACCAUAUCAAUUUCCAAUAAUUGGGCAUACAUAUAAGUUUCUACACGACUCUGAAAAUUUUCUCAAGGAGUGUAAGGCAAAGUAUGGUGAACCAUUUAGUUUAUACGUCUUUGGAAGUGUAAGAACCUUCACAGGGGCUGAUAGCAGCCCUGAGGUCCUAAGGCAUUCUGACGUUUUCGAUCUUAAUGAGGCUACAAAUAAGAAAUAUAUGUAUGUCGUGACUUGGUGUCAAUACAUAUGUACUUUCUUCCGAUGUUGCACUGGCUGA